AUGCCAGGGGAGGAGAAGUCAGAGGACCAGUGGCCUACUGAUGGUCCAGAUCAGCAUGAAGCACAGUUUCCACUGUUGGCUGCAAACGAUGAACCGGACUCAGCAUUCCAGCCGGAGCCCGUGCCGCCGCCGAUCCCCUCACGCAACGCGACAAACGCCAAACGCCACUCCUCAAUCUCCCAGCCGGCACCCGAUGGACAGCGCCGCACACCCCGUACCAUGAACCGCGUCCGCUUUGAUUUGGAAGAAGAUCGUGAGAGCUUUGAGCGACAUUCCAUUGAUCGUGCCCUGAGUCCAGAUGACGACUUAUGGGUCGAAGCCGAAGACUAUGAGCUGGGCACCCGGGGAUCGGGAACACAUCACAAUGGACAAUCAAUUCCUCUUCUCACGAACAUUGAAGCACCUAGUGUGACUCUGGCCACAUCGGACGACUUUUUCCCCGAAGACCACCUGGAAGAUGCGCGGCCCCGGAGUGGCAUGAAGAUGGCGUUUAUGAACAUGGCCAACAGCAUCAUCGGGGCUGGAAUCAUUGGUCAGCCUUACGCGCUGCGCCAAGCCGGCAUGACCAUGGGAAUCUUACUCUUGACGGCCUUGACAGUCACGGUGGACUGGACCAUUCGGUUGAUUGUGAUCAACUCCAAAUUGAGUGGCGCAGACUCCUUCCAAGCGACCAUGCAAUACUGCUUUGGAAAAAGUGGUCUGAUUGCAAUUUCGAUUGCGCAGUGGGCAUUUGCAUUUGGCGGCAUGGUUGCAUUCUGCAUCAUUGUCGGUGAUACGAUCCCGCAUGUGUUGAGCGCUUUGUUCCCAUCUCUUCGGGACAUGUCCUUCUUGUGGCUACUCACAGAUCGUCGGGCUGUGAUUGUCAUCUUCGUCUUGGGGGUUUCCUAUCCUCUUUCAUUGUACAGAGAUAUUGCCAAGCUGGCCAAGGCAUCUGCAUUAGCACUAGUCAGCAUGAUCGUCAUUGUGGUAACGGUCAUCACUCAGGGUUUCCGGGUUCCACCUGAAGCACGCGGGGAGAUCAAAAGUCAUCUCAUAUUCAACGUCGGCUUUUUCCAGGCUGUGGGUGUUAUCUCAUUCGAUCACAACAGUCUUCUCAUCUAUGGCUCCCUCAAAAGGCCCACCCUUGAUCGCUUUACCCGAGUCACCCAUUACUCGACAGGAGUAUCUUUAGUCAUGUGUCUUGCUAUGGGCAUUGCAGGCUUCUUAUCCUUCGGGUCGAAGACUCAGGGCAACGUACUGAAUAACUUCCCAUCCAACAAUAUUGUCGUCAACAUAGCCCGGUUCUGUUUUGGCCUCAACAUGCUCACCACACUCCCGCUCGAGGCAUUCGUUUGUCGCUCUGUCAUGACCACUUAUUACUUCCCCGAUGAACCCUACAACCCUGUCCGGCACAUCCUCUUCACGACCGCACUGGUGGUCACCUCCAUGGCACUGUCAUUGAUAACGUGCGACCUGGGAAGCGUCUUUGAACUCAUCGGAGCUACUAGUGCUGCGGCACUGGCCUACAUAUUUCCCCCGCUGUGCUACAUCAAGCUUAGCAGUACUUCACGACGAGAAAAGAUCCCUGCCUACCUAUGUGUCUGCUUUGGUCUGGUUGUCAUGGGCGUGAGUGUAGUUCAAGCCAUGGCGAAGAUCAUUCGGAAUGAUGGUGAAUCCCAUUCUUGCAGUGGGGUUUAG